GCUCCUCUAAUCAUUUUUAAUUCUUAUCAUCGACUGCGUAUAGAUUGUUCGAUGUUUGGCGUGAUAGAAUUUUGGAUUUGGCAUUUGCUUUUUCUCUUUCAACAAACGUUUUCCCACAAUUCAUUUAUACGGCCAAAAAAAUCUCCCGCUAUUUUUUUUUUAUCUAUUCUUCUCUUAUCUGGGUCUAAGAUAAAAGGUUCCUUGGUGGAACUGGUUUCCUCAACGAGUUGGGUAAUUGUUAGAUAAUUUUAUUGAACAGGGUGGGUUUAUUUUUAUAUUCCAGGCAGAGGCAGGAUUCAAAGUUAUUUUUUCAAUUGAGUGGGUGGUAGUUUAAUGGCGUCUCCUGCAAUUAAACCAGGGGCAUUGGUUACUUUACCAGAGCUUCAACCAUCUUCCGAGUUUUUCAAGGAAGGAGCCUCACUAAGAGUAACCGGGAAGCUGCAAGAGUACUCUGUGGAGACGGCCAUAGCUGUUAUUGCUGAUGAAAGUGCCACCCUAAAGGUAGAUACCCAGCACUUGAGGGAACUUAGCUUCCGAGUUGGCUCCAUCUUCCAGUUCAUCGGUGAACUCCAUAUUCAACCCAACAAUGAGGCUAUCUUGCAGGCACGUGCUGGUAGGAAUGUUGAUGGUAUUGACCUCAAUCUCUAUCAUCAGGCAUUGCAGCUAGUAAGACAGUUCCAAGCUGAGCGCAUGAACAAUGCAACUACUUAAUGAAGUUUAAGAUCUCAACAGACUUGCUAAUGAUUUUCAAGGUACUAAAGUAAACCACUAGAACUUAUAUCUGUCUAAAAUAUGAAGAGAAAUUUUCUUUUUCUGUUUUUCUUAACCGUUAUGCUAUCGAAUUGAAUAUGUUUAAUGUUUUCUUCAGACAUCAAUCAAAGUAUUUCAUCCAAAUUUAUGCUUAGCCUUGCUGUAGCAUUAAUGUUCAAGGCCUUAUAUCUUAAAACUCUUAAGCCACUGUCUUUUCUUCUUCAUGCCUUAAAUGCUAUGAUAGAUUACUUAGGUAAAAAUGUGGACUUUAGUAUUUAAACCUACAUACAGCAUAAAUAAUUUUGUUAUUUAGUUGAAUCUUAGAGCUAUUGUGGUGUUAUUCCCGUUGUCAAACAUGGAAGCAUCUUACUGGGGUGAUUUUUCUCAAGUAACCCUUUUCAAAGGAACAACCGAGCACCUGAGGGUACAAGUUAAAUAGGAUUUAUCUGACUGUAGCUAGGACUGUAACAUAACAUGCUGCAAUAAUUCAGUGCAACAAUCUUGUUGUGUUGUUGCAUUUCUUUGGAACAAACAUUGUUGCGUUGUAGUACAACAGAGUAGGCUGGCACAUUAAUCAUCAGUUUGGAUUGGGUGCUCUUACACUAGCAAAGCCUCUAGGAUAUGAUAAUGAUUGAUGCAGCACAUGGUUUUGUCCUGCACUUUUAUAAAAAAUAUUUCCUGAUCGAUUUGUUUGAUUGCAUUUGGCCAUUGGUGCUGUACGCUAACAGAUAAACACUCAGACAAUUAGCUUUUACAUACAACAUCUGACGAUUUUAGAUCUGAGUUUUAACCUUGAAUUAGAUAUUUUUAAGGGUCAAAUCCUGUCAAAGGAGCAUUUGAGUUCCAUUUUACCAGGGAUGGCCCCAAAAUUCUUCAAAUAACGUUCUCUUCCUAUUGACCUUAGCUAAAAAAUUCUCCAAAUAGAGCAACUUGAUUCAGUAUAAUCCAGUAGAAGGUUUGUUACGUAUGUCAGUGAGUUAGAAACUUAAGGAUUAUGUCACAGGACCAUUAUCUUCUUCUCCAAAGGUUAACUUAUAGGGAUGUGCAGUGCAGUGUCUACGAUGAUAAGUCUAGCACUCCUUUCUUACUUAGCCGAUGUAAGAUUCUGUAAUAUUCUCUCCCACU